AUGGAAGUCGAGGCAGCCUUGUCACCUUCGCCGGCUUUGCAGUUGCCCUCGGGAUCCCCAGCUCUGCGCUCCGGUGAAACUGCCGCAGAACAGCGACCGCUUGCCAUCCGCUCUGUCUCUUUGCCAACAUCUUCGGAGACAGCGAUUGAAUCAAAUGGCCGAUCCUUCAGUACCAGCGCCGCCCCUCCAGACAUCACUGAUCGUCCUGCGACAGUGCGCUCACUGCGCAGUCUCACCCCGAAUGGAGGACCGAGGCCACUAUCACCAACGGACAAGGAUGGUGGAACACUGGUGCCGGGGGACAGUCAGAGCGAAUUCGAGGCGCCAGUGCUACACAGUGUGCCUAGCAUCACCAUCAACGAGAGCUCUCGGCCGAGCUCCCGACCCGGAUCACGAUGGUCGGAACGGAGAUGGGGUGGAUUGAAAAAGAAGUCGAUGGAGCUGGAACACAAGAUCAGUACAGAAGAACUGCCACCGGUGCCCCGCAUUGAGCCCGACUUCAAUGGAAUCAGCCUGGACAUCCCAACUGCAUCACUCGGGGAGAUGGGCCAGACAAUGAAAUUCUCAACCCGUGGUAGUCUGAUCAGGGAUCGAUCAAAACGUCCUUACCCAGCGAUCGCCCAAAGCAAAUCGAUACAGGAAUCAUUAGACGAGCACUCGGGGCCCUCUUCGGGUGGUGCGUCUGCUUCGCUGGUGGCCGACUCGAAUACGCGUCUGGAGGCUGUCCCUGCAACAACCGAGUCUGAAGACGAAGCGACAAAUGGAAAGCGAGUUGGCCAGGCUUCGCUCCAAAGCAGCACCGCCAGCAAUGCUCCUGUGGCGAUUCCUCGAGUCCGACCGCAGAGUUCUCUCCGCCCUAGACAGACGAGUCUCCAGAGCCGCGCGAUAUCCGCCGAUGAAGAUAUGCUCUCACGCCGUGUCCGGCUCAUGUAUGAGAAGGGCGACGACAACGUUACCGACUCGGAAGUCGCCAAGGCAAUGGCCUCCGAUAAUGGGAUUCUGUGGGAAGAGCCUACAGCUAUCGACAUCGAGACUGCUUCUACACCUGCGCCGGAAACCCAUCCAGAGGAUCACCUGGGACGAGCGUCAGAAGAAGUGGAACGUCUCCGGAUGAAACGAGAGACGAAAGAAUUGGCUGGGGGUAUCGAAUAUUGGCAGGACGUGGGUGUAGGGCAGGUCGACCGCUACGGUUUCAUUCACACGUCAACGGAUGAGCCACAUCCACUCCAACGCGUGACGACGAGCCUGCUUCUGGCCUCUGAAGCGCCACGAAGAAAACGAUCUAUCCGGCCACCAACUGCCAGAGCCAGCACGCGCUCUUUUAGCGCUCGCCCACCCACGCGAGACACCUGCAAAGACUCUCCAGUCGGUCGUCCAACCUCGUCGGCCAGUGCGCGUAGCAUGCCAGUGCGGCGUUCCACAUCACGUCUCCGGUCCGCAACUAAUCAUCUACCGCACAACCGAGACCGAAAAGUCAAAGAUGAGGCGGGUGAUAUGCUGACUCUGCCGGGGGAUGCCUUCGAAGAAGGUCCUGACACUGCGUCGGCGCGAGCGAUGCGCAGGAAAGAGUGGCAGCGUGAAGACAAAUGGACCAAAAUGGCCAUUCCAGUCAAAAAAAGCCGGGAUGGCGGCGGAAUGAAGUUUGAGUUCGAUACACGCAGCUCAAAAUUGAUCGAGCGAACCUGGAAAGGGAUUCCUGAUCGAUGGCGCGCGACUGCCUGGUACUCAUUCCUCGAAACCAGCGCCAAGCGCCACGCAAACAGCCCCACCGAAGACACCCUGAUUGAGGCAUUCCAUGAAUACCAGUACAUAUCGUCUCCAGACGAUGUGCAGAUUGACAUCGACGUUCCCCGCACCAUCACAAGCCAUAUCAUGUUCCGGCGGCGGUACCGAGGUGGUCAACGCUUACUUUUCCGGGUGCUUCACGCAAUGUCGUUGUACUUCCCCGAUACCGGCUAUGUGCAAGGCAUGGCCGCUCUCGCGGCGACGCUUCUCGCGUAUUAUGAUGAGGAGCAUGCCUUUGUGAUGCUCGCCCGACUUUGGCAGCUCCGAGGCCUUGAAGAGCUGUACAAGUCAGGCUUUGCAGGACUCAUGGAAGCUUUGGGCGACUUUGAGCGAGAGUGGCUUGCUGGUGGUGAGGUAGCCUCGAAACUGAACGAGGUUGGGAUCCCUCCCACUACCUAUGGAACCAAGUGGUAUCUCACCCUUUUCAACUACUCCAUUCCUUUCGCGGCUCAGCUCCGCGUGUGGGAUGUUUUCAUGCUUCUUGGAGACUCAGAAGACCUCACUGCUCCUCCUCAGCCGGUCGCCUCGUCGGGCAAGGGAAAGGGGGAUUCGUCCGUCUCCCGAUCAGGCACGUUUGGACAGGGACUGGAUGUGCUCCAUGCGACGUCCGCUGCUCUAAUUGAUGGCAUGCGCGAGAUCAUUCUCGAAUCCGAUUUUGAAAACAGCAUGAAGGUCCUCACCAGCUGGGUUCCAAUCAAGGACAUUGAGAUUUUCAUGCGUGUUGCCAAAGCAGAGUGGAAAGUUCACCGUCGCAAGAAAGUGGUGACCUGA